UAAAUAUUUGUCCUUGGCUAUAUCUUGUUACCUUCGAGCUGUUCCUGCAACAAAAACCCUAGCAAGCAAGGCAGCCGAGGCGAUAGAUCUGAAGAAUUAGGGUUGAGAAGCCCUAACAUCGCUCAUCAACAUGACUUUCAAGAGAAGGAACGGAGGAAGGAACAAGCACGGCCGUGGCCAUGUCAAGUUCAUUCGCUGCUCUAACUGUGGCAAAUGCUGCCCAAAGGACAAGGCCAUUAAAAGGUUUUUGGUGAGGAACAUUGUUGAGCAAGCUGCUGUUAGGGAUGUCCAGGAGGCUUGUGUCUAUGAUGGCUACACCCUUCCUAAGCUGUACGCAAAGAUGCAAUACUGUGUAUCUUGUGCUAUCCACUCCCAUGUUGUGAGGGUUCGUUCUAGGGAGAACAGGAGGAUCCGUGAGCCUCCUCAGCGCUUCAGACGCCGGGAGGAUUUGGCUAGGCCUGGUGCACCGGGUCAGGGACCACGUGCUGCAGGAGCUCCAGCCACUGCUCGUCCUUGAAAAAAAACUGCACUCCAGUGUUCUUUGCUUCAAAGCUUGGCUUUGCGGCUUUUGGUUAUUGGAUGCUGCCAAAACUUUUGUCUUUAAUUUUCUGAAUGCAUUUAGACUGAGAAUUUCUAUGUUAGUAUCAUGUUACUUUCUGUUUCAGUUUUGCUAAGGUAAAUUGAGAAGGUAGCACAGCUUUAUGCCAAACCUUGGAGUUCUUGUUAUUGGUUUAUGAAGUGAAGUUAUUAAAAGUUGUUGGUUUAUGCAGAA